AUGACCACGGAAAUCCACAAAGCAGGCACAGCAGACGGCUGGCACGGCGUCAUAACGCCCGGCGGUGACUUCCCGCCAGAAGCAGGCCGCUACCACCUCUACGUCGGCCUCUUCUGUCCCUUCGCCCACCGCGUCAACCUACUCCGCUACAUCAAAGGCCUCACGUCCAUCAUAUCCCUCUCCGUCGUGGGCCCGUAUCCAAAGGGCGACGACAAGGGGUGGCCGGGGUGGAAGUUUCCCGCCUCGGAUACGGAGUACGAGGGCGCGACGGUCGAUCAUCUCUUCGGCAGCGAGUACCUGCACGAGGUGUAUUUCAAGGCAGACAAGGAGUAUAAGGGACGGUACUCGGUACCGUUGCUGUGGGAUAAGAAGACGGGGGGGAUUGUGUGUAAUGAAUCGGCCGAGAUGCUCAGAUGGCUACCGACUGCUUUCAAUUCGCUGAUUCCAGAGGAGAAAGCGAGGAUAGAUCUGUAUCCGUCGCCGCUCAGGUCGCAGAUUGAUGAGGUAUCUGAGUGGAUGCAAAAGGACUUUAACAUGGGCGUUUACAAAGCUGGCUUUGCGACGACCCAGGAGGGCUACGACGCGGGCGUUGUGCCUGUCUUCGCUGCUUUGAAUAAGCUCGAGGAGAUCAUUGCUUCAAACGGUGGGCCAUUUAUCCUCGGCAAGCAAAUGACGGAGUUGGAUGUAAGAGCGUUCGCGACGGUGAUCAGAUUCGAUGUGGUGUAUGUGCAGCAUUUCAAGUGUAAUCUGGGGAUGGUGCGCUGGGAUUACCCCGUCACAUCGAAUUGGUUGAAGAGGAUGUACUGGAAAGUAGAGGGAUGCAAGGAGAGUACAGAUUUCAGGCAUAUCAAAGAGAACUAUACCAAAAGCCAUGCGGGUAUCAAUCCUCAUGCCAUCACUCCCAUGGGUCCGUACCCGAAUAUCGACGAGGGAUUUGAGGAGGAUUUUAGCAAGUUGAGAGUGGGAAAAAUCAAACUGCCGGCGGUGUUGGAGUAUCAGAGUAAGGUGUGA